GCCACAAUAACUGUAGUCAUUAUCGCUUUCUAAUCUACAACAACCAAUUACUUGUUGUAUGCGCUUCGUUUUAGUUUUCACCAAUUAAAUUAAUUUCAACAUAUCUAAACACUGCUAUUUUCAUGUUAAGCGAAGCAACAAACAACAACAACAAUAAAUAACACACAUUUCACCAAAGCUUUAUAAUCCGUUCAUCCGACUUUCUCUGUGAAGAAUCUUUAAUUGAAAUCGAAACUGCACAGCAGCCAAGGCGACGGUGGAAGCGCUUCUUUUCUGUAUUUUUAUUCUCAUUCUAAUAGGCAUUUGCUGAACGUCUGCUAAUUGCAUACAUAUAUACAUACGUAGGAGUACAAGGAGAUAUUUGCUUAACGGUUUUGCAGUUAUUCAAGGAAUACAAUAAUUGGGAGCGAAAAUGAAAAUUAGACGAAAUCAAUUAAAUUUGCCACGCAUUUCCUUUGUCGUUUUAAGUUUCCUGCUCUGCUUUAAAGCAGCGACGGCAGCAGCUUCAAUAUUGACUGCUGCUGAGUUGAGGCAGGAUAAGGCACCGCAUAACACGUUCGCUACGCGUAAUGUGCGGCCACAACAACAGCAACAUCAACAACUGGAUCAACCACACACUCGUUAUGUGCGUCGCCCGCAGGCUUUUAACGCUUUAUUAACUUCCGUUGGCCAGUUAAGCGACUCGCCUCUACGUCAUCAACGCCGCCCCCUCCAACGCGCCGGCCAUUCAAAGCUGACAAAAACCAAAGAGCAUACACUCAAGCGUUUAGGGCGCGCUGUAAAUGAUGGCGAGAGUGGCGAUGCCGAUGAUUACAAUGAGGAAGGACCAGCUUGGCCGGAGCAGGCGGGUGGGGACGAUGGCGUGAACUUUGUGGAGCAAUGGAUACGCGAUAGUUUCGGUGAAAUGUUCGGCUCUGUGAUGGAGUGGGUGUUGCGCUGCAUAGACGCUAUCUGGAAGUUUUUCGCCACAGCUGAGGAGGAGGCGGAAUAGAAUAAUGAUAAUGAGUCGAUGUAAGAGUGGUUUCGUACGUGCGGGAUGUUGUCCGCAUAGCAAAUGGAAAAUGGAGGAGAACAAUGCAAACGUUCGUUAUUUCAAUUGAUUUUAAUCCGUUAAUUACUUUUAGUUGUGUGUGUGCUUAGUGUUUCAUGUAAAUUCCUGAAGUAGUUAGCAGUUUCACUUAAA